AUAACAUCGUUUAUUUACUGUGCGAUCCACUCAUUCUCUUCCUUCUACUGCACACCGCACUAUUCUUCUCUCAGGCGGCGGUAUAUGAAGAUGAUGGGGAAUGGAUUUUCUCACUACCACUUCUACUUUCUCCAGAUAGUUACCAGUGUAUACUUCGCAGCGUAUCUUUUCUUUGUUGACUUGCUGAUGCAAACCGCUUAUGCUCACCAUGUGGGACGAAUUCGCAACUGUCCAAGCCUCCGAACUUGGGAAGAUACUUUCAAGUGGUAGGUAUCCACUAAUAUUCACAAAGAGAGUUGCUGCCACAUCUUUCCAAGGUCUAUCCUUGACAACGCGUUACGACACAUCCAUAGAGAUAAAUCCCACAACCCCUCAGGCACUUACUCUAAGAGAAUGGAGCACAUCAAACACAACAUCAAUCGAAAACCUUCUCUAGAAAGAUCACCACCACGACACACUUGCUCGAUUUGUACGUCCAGAUUGUUUUUUAAAGUCAACUACCUGUCACGUGAAAACAUUAGAUGACAAGGAACAAAUCUUCUGGAUCGAAGGACAUAUCAUAAUCCUCGAAGAUGGUCCUCCACCAUACUAUAUAGGAUGCGAUACUUGCAACAAAAAGGUAAUCUUCACCGAAGGAAUAACAUUCAAAUGCUUGCACUGCGGAAAGAAAAAUUCAAUCACAACAAAACGGUACAAUAUGAACGUGGAAAUAACUGACAACACUGGAGCAUUGGCUAUGACAAUCUUCACACACGAAUUCCAAAAGCUGUUGCGUAUUCUGCAAACGAAUGCACCAAUUGAAGACAUCAACUGCACCGAUCUCAACAACCAACUUUGGCCAAUGACAGCCAUAACUGCAAUCAAAAUCAUACUACCAAAUUACCAGGGAAGGAACGAAACAACAUACGCAGUCCUAUGCCUUUAUAGUCUCUCAACCAACGAAGCACUGACAAUUUCUCACGCGACCGCACCAAAAAGAAUUCUCACAGACCAAUCCGAAGGCGUGGGCGAUCAAAACGAGAAAAAACAAAAGAUCGACUGAACUGAAGCCUUAGGAAGCAAUUACAGCCAGCUUCUGUACAAACACCUACGUAAUACUCACACCGUUUUCCAAACCUCGAAUAUGAAAUGGUGUGAAGGCAAAAAAUAAUGCAUGCGCGUCCUCUCAAACAUGUUCCCAAACUUCUUUUGUCAACUCACGAGAGAAAACACAGUAAUGCAAAUGCCAGUAGGCAACAAUGUAAACUUAGUGAUGCAACUUAUCUUUUGACUCCAUCAUGUAAAUAGUAUGCCUCUAUUUACUGAUGACAUGCACUCAUGUACCU